AUGCCUCCCAUAGCAGCAGGAUCGAUCCGAGGUGGGACGCCAAUUAACAUUCCGUCUGGUGCUUAUAGAAGACAAUCAGAAGAGUGCCCCAUCAAAGAUCAAAUCUGUUUUCUUGAAGCUGGCGACAAAAUAUCGCGCAAAGAACAUCUAAAUUCGGCCCAACGCUUUCGUCAAAUGGUUCUGCACUCUAGAGAGUCAAUGACUGACAGUAAAGUGCCACUAUCCGUCACAAAUGGCGUUCAUGCUUCCGCUGCAUGUGAGAGAAAACCUCUGGCUUCUCAGGAUGUUACGUGCUGA